AUGGACGUGGGUUCUGGGUCUUAUACCAAUUCAGGCCCAUCUGACUCACUUCAGGGGUUGAAAUUUGGCCAGAAAAUCUACUUUGAGGCUGCUGGUGGUAGUGGUGGUGGUGGUGGUGGAGGAGGAGGAGGUAGAGGUAGGCAGCUGGGAAAACAUGGGGCUGCCGGUGGUCGGUUGAAGUUGGUGGAAGAGGAGCCGCCGGGGAGGCCUCCGCCACCAGCUGCUCCGGCUAAGAAGGGGAGAAGUGGGGUGGUUCCAGGUGGUGGAGGUGGAAGUAGUCAGCCGCCUAGAUGUCAAGUUGAAGGUUGCAAGCUAGAUCUGAGUGAUGCUAAACCUUACUAUUCAAGGCACAAAGUUUGUGGUACUCAUUCCAAGUCUCCUCAGGUAAUUGUUGCGGGCCAACUACAGAGGUUUUGCCAGCAGUGUAGCAGAUUUCAUCAUUUGCCUGAAUUUGACCAAGGAAAGCGAAGUUGUCGCAGACGUCUAGCGGGGCAUAAUGAGCGUAGGAGGAAACCACAACCUGGAUCCCUGUCAACUCGCUUUGGCACUCUGUCUUCACCUUUUUUCGAAACUAGUAGCAGAACUGGAAGCUUCCUGAUGGACUUUUCGUCGUACCGCAGCCCGGGUGGAAAGGAUUCAUGGCCGAAUACUAGAACAUCUGAGCAAGCAACAAGCAAUCAUCAACUGACUGCUAUGGGGAAAUCUCUUCUUCAUCCCUGGCAAAACAACCAUGAAAGGCCUCCUGAGCUGCUACUGCAGCAUUCGGCAGCUACGAGCGCUGCUUACGUAGCUUCUGGAAUUCCUUCUGGAGAAUGUUACACUGCCGGAGUCUCAUCGGACACCAGUCGUGCUCUCUCUCUUCUGUCAACUCAAUCUUGGGGCUCAAGGAACAGCCAAUCCUCGAGUCUUCAGGUAAAUGGAUUACUUAAUGCCGAUGGGACACCUACAUCUGGUAGUUCCCAUGGCAAUGUCAACGGUUACUUCCCAUCAAGCUCUCUUUGGGGCUUUAGGGGCUGCGAGAAUAGUACAAGCUCGCCUGAGAUCAUCCCGCCAGAUCUGGGAUUACAUCAACUUUCACAGGCAGCUGCCAGUCAAUAUCCUUCUUGUGAUGUUGAGGCAUCUCAACCAAAUGAAAGAGAAUGUCUUGGACUUGAGCAUUCUCGCGGUUACGAGUCUCCUGUGCAGAACAUGCACUGGUCUCUUUGAUGAUCACGUGAUUUCCUUCUGUUCCAGAGACUCGCCUCACGUUCUGUCUAGUCACCUGCAUCGGCAUUAUGUUUCUUCUAGAUUAUGAACUUAUCUGCUGUCUAGCAAUUAUCUUAUGUUUUCCGUUUGUCUUCCUUCCAGACUCAAAAACUUAUCGGCUAUCUGGCAAUAAUGUUGUAUCCUUUGUCAAGUUUCAUCUUGACUGGCGAUGCCUUGACUAUCGUAUCAGCUAUGGAUUCUCAUCUGUGUUAAAAGUUGGAGACUUGGGAGUGUUAAUUUGUUUUGUUUUCCUUACUUGUUGCAUGGUCUCUUAAGAUUUGUUUUAGAUACAGAAGAUCAGUAGGAAUGAAAAUUGCAAUAAAUGAAGCUCCUUUCGAGUAAUAGACUGUGCACCUAAGAACUAACAGCAUCCACCACAAAAUUUAAGCUAUAAUAUGAUGUAAUUGUCCUCCCCCUCCGAACACAUUUAAAACUUCCAUAUGUAGCUAAGGGACUAUUCGCCUAUUUUUCCAUGCAUUUGAACUUUAGAGGGCUUUGCCCGGUUAGAGAGAGUACCAAUGAAAGAGACCUAUCGUAACAUCCAAGAUAAGAGGACCUUUCUGAGAAAAUGAUGCUAUGAAUGUGCAAUUGUCAUUUAUAUCAUCUUCAAAAAUUUGACAGCACUGUGGAAAUUAUAAUCCACAUAUAUCACGAAACAAAUAUGUACAUCGCAGUUUUUUGCUUAAAAAAGUUUGCCCAAUCUAUAUAGUAGCAGAAUAACUUUCCCAUAAUCCUUAACCAGGCCAGCUCUAGACGUCAUGCAGCAUCUUGACAUUUUAAUGUAAGUUUUAUCUUCAGAAUAUCACUCAAAAUGGGAACUUUAUGUCUUCAGAAAAUCUGUCUGCAAACUUGGGAACCAAAGACAACUUCAUUGAACUCUGUGGGCUCAGAAGCUGUUCUCAAGUUGUCAUGCCAAAUUUCGGACUGCAACUGGAUAUUGCAAUUCGCCAUUAGUGGUCAUCUUCAUCUAUACCAGGGCAACUGGAUAAGAGUGUGUCCUUUGACUCAUACUGCAGAAUAAACGACACAGCAAAAAAGAAGCUUAUCAGAUCGUAACAGAAUUCAUUCUUUCAUUUAGUUUUGCAACAGCUAGAAAAGGCAUAAGUUUGAUUUCUGCUCUAAACGUUGACAAUUGACUUCUAACAAGUUAAAAAGUGAACACUGAAAUUCACACCUGACAACCACAAAACAGACAAU